AUGGCGGACUUUCCCAUGCCCGUCUUCUACAGCUACCCUCCCUACUUCACGCUUCAACCAGUGAAAGAGACACAGAGGAAGCAGCGCGAGUCCUGGAAAGACCUCAUCCUGUCCUACUGUUGCCACCAUAGGAUAUUCAUCGUCAGCCUGGACGCGGCCGCAGACGAGUUUCCCCUGUUUGAGAACAAGGCGAUCCAGCGCAAGCUGAGCCUGGAGGCCCGCUCCCUGCUCCUGGAGGACCUGGCGGCCUCGGGGCGGGGCCGGUGGCUGGGCCCCGACAGGCGCCGCCUGCUGGUCCUCUGGCGCGGCGUAGGCGAGUGGGCCGACGUGAUCCAUGCCUGGGCGCGGGGUAACGGCCUGGAGGACAGCGUGGUGAGCCUGGAGGAGCUGCUGGGCGGCGAGGAUGUCCGCGGCAGCGAGCUGGCGGGCAUGCCUCGCGAGCUGCUCUCUGCCGCGCUGCGCACGCUGGAGGAGCGGGGCAAGGCGCGCGUGUUCAGGGGCGACGCCAACGACGACACUGGGGUCAAGUUCUUCGCCUGA